AUGGAAAUCAUUUCUUAUCUACUUGCAAUUGCAGGGGUUUUAGUAUUGGUGCUAUUGUACAAUCUAUGGAGAGUAACUGUUAGUCAUCAUACUAAGGGUAAGUUAGCCCCAGAACCAUCGGGUUCCUUGCCAAUUAUUGGCCACCUUCAUCAACUUCAUACCAGAAACACAAUCGUCAGAACCUUGGUUGCCAUGGCUGAUAAACAUGGUCCCAUCUUCAUGCUCCGGUUCGGCAUGAAACGUACGCUUGUGAUUAGUAGUCAUGAGGCAGUCAAGGAGUGCUUCACCACAAAUGACAGGAUUUUUGCUACCCGUCCUAUGUCUAUUCGGGGAAAGUACCUUGGUUACAACUAUGCAGGAUUUGGGUUCUACACUUAUGGACCGUAUUGGAGUAAGAUAAGAAAGCUAGCAGUUUCUAAACUCCUCUCUAGCCGCCGACUUGAGACACUAAAAAAUAUGCAAGGCCAAGUGAAAUCUAUGAAGCGUGUUGCAGGGGAAUUGGACUCUCUAAUAGGAAGUUGGGUUGAAGAGCAUACUGCGAGGAGGCUCAAGAGUGAUGAACAAAACCACAAGCCAGACUUCAUCGAUGUCAUGAUAUCACUAAUUGAGGAGGAUUCCAUGUUUGGUCAUACUCGAGAAACCAUUGUCAAGGCUACUGCAAUGCUGAUCAGGUCGGCAAAGAUCACGUGCGUGCACAAGUUUUGCACCAUGGGCCCGUACAAGCUGUCGAUGUUAACUGCUGUUGGCGGCUGGGAUUGA